ACCAGCAGCUUUUUGGCUUCUUCGCGAAUCUCUGUCAGGUUCAGCCUUCUCGCCUCCACUCCAGCCUCCACCAUGUCCACAAGGGUGACCCAGAAGACCUACAAGGUGUCCACCUCUGGACCCCGGGCCUUCAGCAGCCGCUCGUACUCCAGUGCACCGGGCACUCGCAUCAGCUCCUCGUCCUUCUCCCGUGUGGGCAGCAGCUACCGCGGUGGCCUGGGCACCAGCAUGAGUCUGGCUGGGGGUUACGGCGGGGCUGGGGCGAUGGGGAACAUCACAGCUGUCCAAGUGAACCAGAGCCUGCUGAGCCCCCUGAAGCUGGAGGUGGACCCCAACAUCCAGGCCGUGCGCAACCAGGAGAAGGAGCAGAUUAAGACCCUCAACAACAAGUUUGCUUCCUUCAUCGACAAGGUGCGGAGCCUGGAGCAGCAGAAUAAGAUUCUGGAGACCAAAUGGAACCUCCUGCAGCAGCAGAAGACGACUCGCAGUAACAUGGACAACAUGUUCGAGAGCUACAUCAACAACCUUCGGCGGCAGCUGGACACGCUGGGUCAGGAGAAACUGAGGCUGGAAGCAGAGUUUGGCAACAUGCAGGGACUGGUGGAGGACUUGAAGAAUAAGUACGAGGAUGAGAUCAACAAGCGCACAGAGAUGGAGAAUGAAUUCGUCCUCAUCAAGAAGGAUGUGGAUGAAGCUUACAUGAACAAGGUAGAGCUGGAGUCCCGCCUGGAAGGGCUGACUGAUGAGAUCAACUUCUACAGGCAGCUGUAUGAAGAGGAGAUUCGUGAGCUGCAGUCCCAGAUCUCCGACACAUCUGUGGUGCUGUCCAUGGACAACAACCGCUCUCUGGAUCUUGAUGGCAUCAUCGCCGAGGUCAAGGCCCAGUAUGAGGAUAUCGCCAACCGCAGCCGGGCUGAGGCUGAGACCAUGUACCAGAUCAAGUAUGAGGAGCUGCAGACAUUGGCUGGGAAGCACGGGGAUGACCUGCGUCGCACGAAGACUGAGAUUUCUGAGAUGAACCGGAACAUCAGCCGACUCCAGGCUGAGAUUGAGGGUCUCAAAGGCCAGAGGGCUUCCCUGGAAGCUGCCAUUGCUGAUGCCGAGCAACGUGGGGAGCUGGCCAUCAAGGAUGCUCAGUCCAAGGUGGCUGAGCUGGAGGCUGCUCUGAGAAACGCCAAGCAGGACAUGGCCCGGCAGCUGCGGGAGUACCAGGAGCUCAUGAACGUCAAGCUGGCCCUGGACGUGGAGAUCGCCACCUACCGCAAGCUGCUGGAGGGCGAGGAGAACCGGCUGGAAUCUGGGAUGCAGAACAUGAGUAUCCACACCAAGACCACCAGCGGCUAUUCAGGUGGGCUGAUGACCCCAUCUUAUGGGAACCUCAACUAUGGCCUGGGCUUCCAGGCCAGCUUGGGCUCUGGCGGGAGUUCUGGCUCCUUCAGCCGCACCAGCUCCUCCAAGACGGUGGUUGUGAAGAAGAUUGAGACCCGAGAUGGGAAGCUGGUGUCUGAAUCAUCUGAUGUCCUCCCCAAGUGAAUGGUGACCGCGGGCGCUCCUGUCCUCCAAGCUGCGGGCACAGGAAGCCCCUCCUGAGGCUCAGCCCCAGUCCUUGGCUCACCCUUGGGGUGGGGGGAGUUUAUUGCCCGGGGGACCACCUCUUUCCCGUGCCCCCAACUAAAAGCCAAAUCAAGUGUUGCUGUUUUUUUUUUGUUUUUUUUUUGUUUCCAAAAUAAAGUCUCAACUGGCUCUGCCAACCCUA